AUGGCGGGGGUGGAGGUGUCGGCGGCGGCAGUGGAGGCGGCGGCGGCGGUGGCGGUGGGAGCGGAGGUGGUGGAGGUGGCAGAGGUGGAGGAGGCGGUGGCGGAGAAGGAGGAGGAGGAGGUUGUGGCUCUUCGCAGAGGAGUGGCUCCAGUGUGCGGUGUGGGGUUACUCGUCCUUCAACCUACGUCCGCGCACGGCGACCGUGCGGGUGAGCAAGUGUGGGGCGUGCGCACCCCCACCCAGCGCUUGCUUUGGCCGCCUGACGGGACGCUUUGGCCUCACCUGUUCCCGGAGGCCACUGAGAUCCCUUGCUGGGGCGAGCUGUCUAGGCAGGGGGCCCGGCCCUACCUGCGUCCCCCUGUCGAGGGGCGGCAGCGGGCUGCCCCUCACUCCUCCUAG